AUGAAUCAAUUGCUGAGAUCUCUGGGACAGACUUCGCGCAUGGUUGCUGCCAGAUCAUCGGCAACUGCUCGUUUGUCUGUCACCGCCGCUCGCCCAGCAACAAUGACCGCAGCAGUCCGCUUUUAUUCCAAGGACUCUAAGGAUUCUCUUCUUUCCGACGAUAUUCUGGCCAAAGCCGGCAUUGAUUCUUCCAGCAAGGCCGAAUCCAGCAAUAGUACCAGCAACACCAGCAGUCAAACAAAGGACCCUGAAUCCGACUCUUCACCCCACACAUCUGAGGAACAACGACAGCACUGGAAGGAUACUGCCAAGCGAGCAUCAAACAAGACUACAACUGACUUGAAGCGUGAAAAACAUUCCAACUACUUUUACCUGGCAUCUCUGGGAGCUCUUGUGGGUGGCAGUAUAUACCUUACUCGUGACUGGGACGAUGCCGAAGAGGAGCUGAAACACAAGGACGUUCCUAACGGAUACUCUGCAGACCUGUGCUGGGCUCGUUUCAAGACCCGUUUGGGUGGUGUUUUUGGGUUCUUCAACGAACCUGUGUUUGAUAAGCUUCUUCCGGACCCCCUCCCAGCUCCAUACACCCCUCCCUUGACUCUUGUUUUAGGUUUGGAUGAUGUUCUUGUCCACUCUGAAUGGUCACGCCAGUACGGCUGGAGAACAGCCAAACGUCCUGGUCUCGACUACUUUUUGGGAUACCUUAGCCAAUACUAUGAGAUUGUUCUUUUCUCAUCCAACUACAUGAUUAAUUCCGAAAAGGUUGUAGAAGGCAUUGAUAAGUACAAGGCUUACAUCACCUACAGACUGUACCGUGAGGGAACUACCUACCGCAAUGGCAAAAUCAUUAAGGAUCUUUCUCUCUUGAACCGUGAUUUGGGAAAGGUGAUUAUGAUUGACUGUCGUGAGGACUCGUAUGCUCUGCAGCCAGAGAAUGCUAUUCCUCUCAAGCCUUGGGAGGGCAAUGCUGAUGACAAGGAACUUAUCAAGCUGAUUCCAUUUUUGGAGUGGCUUGCCACGCAACCCAUCAAGGACGUGCGCCCGAUCCUCAAGUCGUUUGAAGACAAGUAUAUUCCUGACGAGUACCAGCGUCGUGAAUCCAUUGUGCGCAAGAAGUUUGAGGAUGAGUGGUAUGCUGAGCAAGCGAAGCGUCAAAAGAACGAUUGGGCUUCUGCAUUUUUGGGUAUUAAGCCUCCUACUCAGGCCGCACCCAUGAUGCCUCAGGAUUACAUUCGCCAGGAGGCCCAGAAGAGAUAUGAAUUCAUCCAAAAUGAAUUGGCUGAGAAGGGUGAAAAGAUGUUGGCUGAUGAAAAAGCUUAUGAGCAGAAGAUGUUGAGCGAGCAGCGAUUUACACUCAACAAGCUUGUGACUGAGGGUUUGCCCAAGCCUGAGGAGAUCCAAGCUGCCGCUCUUGCAGCUGAGCAGAAGAUUAAGGAGGAACAGAAGCAGCAGGGACAGAAGUAG